GCAACGACAUCACAAGUGUUAUCAGAAAAUGUCACCCUACAAUCAUAUAUUUCCAAUAUCAGUAGUUUAGUCAGGGAAGCUUACGAUGCUCAAACUGAUUUGGAUACAGAUAUUCUAAUAGAAAGUCUGAAAGUAGAAAAUCAGGGGUUGAAACAAAUGCUAAAUAUUGCUAAUAUUGUUGACUCCGAAGCUGAUUUACAAAACAGCUAA